CUGUCCAGACAGUCCGAGCGCCCUCGUGUCAGGGAGAUUCUUCAAACCUGGGAGAAGUUUGUGCAGGAGAUUACGAGACAGCCCCGGCACAGACAGCUGCUGACCGUGCUGCCUGCAGUGCAGGAAAAUGCAACCCACCCGCUCCUGCCAAGGAGAGCAGUGGUGAAAUCAGCAGAAGGAUAUAUUUGCUGGAAAGGGGCAGCACGGGAAUCUCUGAAGGAGCAGCUGAUCCGUGUAACCAUGGACAGUUUUGCAAAGGCUCCUCGGAGACCCACUCUGUGCUCUGGGGUGCGGUGAGGAACCUGCCCUGCCCUGCCGUGUCCUCCGGGUCUGGGCAGCACCGGGGGCUCAGCCCCGCCCCGGGGACACCGGGGGGCUCCUGGCAAUCCCUGCGGGCUCCGGGCCAGCCUCCCCGGGAACGGGCUCCGGGCCAGCCUCCCCGGGAACGGGCUCCGGGCCAGCCUCCUCCGUUACCGAGCGCGGAGCAGCCCGGUUACCGAACUCACCGCGGGCCGGUCAGCGCAGGCUGAGCUGGGGACAGGAGAGAGGUGGUUAUCGCUCAGCAGGUCAUGUCGGUUCUUCCAGAUCUUCACCUGUGUUAUGUGCAGUCCUGUCAAGAUCUGAGCCAGCCUGAAAACCCCUUCAUUGCUCGUGUGCUUCAAGAAGCUGAUAAAAACGAUGAAAUAAGUACAAAAGGAAUCACAUUAAAAUUAGCUGGAAAUAAUCAUCUGGUGCCUGUGCCAAGAGUUACAGAUGAUGAUCUUGGAGUUCUUGUCUCUGUUGUAGACCAAGCUGCCUAUGUCACAGGUUUGGAUCUUGCCUAUAAUUUAUUGACUGAUGCUGGAGCACAGACCAUAGCAAUAUUCCUCCAGGAAAACUCCACUCUGCGAUAUCUGAACCUGAUGUUCAAUGACAUUGGCACAAGUGGGGCAGAGCUGAUAGCAGGAGCACUCCAUAGCAAUCAAAGUCUUGUGCACCUGAGAAUGACUGGAAACAAAAUAGGAGACCAAGGUGGGAUGUUCUUUGCUUCAAUGCUAAAAAUUAACUCAACGUUAGAGAAGUUGGAUCUUGGAGACUGUGAUGUGGGCCUGCAGUGUCUGAUAACAACAGCCAUAGCCCUGACUCAGAACAAAUCACUCAAAGCCAUAAACCUAAAUCGUCCUUUGCUAUCUGGCCAGCAGGAAGAGACCACAGUUCAUAUAGCUCGGAUGUUGAGGAGUAAUUCCUCUCUUGUGGAACUACACUUGGGCAAGCAUGAAAUGAAAAAUUUUGGUGUAGAGCGACUGUGUGAGGCCCUUUAUAGAAACUCCAGCCUGAGAUACCUUGACCUCAGCUGUAAUAACAUAACCUAUGAUGGUGUGAAAUUUUUGGGAGAGCUACUAAAAAGGAACAAAACCCUGAAGAUUCUGGAUCUUAAUGCAAACCGAAUAGAAGACGAGGGAGCCAUUUACCUGAGCGAGGCCUUGGCAACGCGGAACAUGACUCUGCGGGUGUUGUCCAUUGUGAGCAACAAUAUAACUGGCAAAGGACUCGUAGCUCUUGCACAUGCAAUGCAAUCCAACACGACACUUUCCCAUAUUUACAUCUGGGGGAACAAAUUUGAUAGAAGCGCCUGUGUGGCAUUCUGGGAGGUGAUCGAGAUGGGCCGCCUGGAGCUGGGCUGCACAGAUGUGGCUCCCUACGAGGUGGAUGGGAAGGUUUUCCUGGCAGAGCUGUCCCACGGGCUGGGCAAGCACCGCUACUGGGCUCCGCGCUCCGCCACCGUGGACCCCAGCGCUGCCAACGCCAGCCUGGAAAUUGUCCCUGUCUCGGAGUAUUUGUGAGUGAGGCAGCGCCCCGGGGCACCCCCUGAGCCUGAGCUUUCCCUACCUGGUUUCUAGUAAAAUAGAUUGUAUCAGUA